AUGGCCCACCCGUCCCCUUCCAUCUCCAUCCCCACCAAGGCCGACGACGGAGUCGACCGUGCCCCCGAUCUCUCUCCCACCUCCCCCGUCGACCGUAAGCGCAUGGACAGCCUGCUGGCCAACCGCGCCACCCCCGGCGACCUCCAGAACAAGGGCAUUCUCAAGGGCGCCCCGAACGACUCGCUCGCUGCCAGGAAGAUGUCCCUCGAGAAGUCCAUGCUCGAGGACCGUCUCGACAAGGAGCUUGCCGCGCGUCCUACGGCCGACGAGCUCAUCAAGAAGGGUAUCCUUAACCCCAACGAGACGCCUGCCAACGCUUCGACUGCUGUCUAG